AUGGCAAGUCACAGAGACAUUCGCUUCCUGCACAACCUGUCCUACCACCCGCGAUGGCAGCACGACUCAGUAAAAGUCAGGGGGAGAAGGAAACAUAGACGGACAGUGGUUUCAAACAGCUGCAGCGGGCAUAGAGUGUUUGACUCAUUAUCAGCAUCAGCGUCGUUGACAUCAAGGUCAUUGACGUCAUCUAAACCACAGUUGCCAUUGUCCCCUUUGCGAUGCUCCAGGAGCUGGUGGGGCAACUGGUUUCUCCUGCCCUUACUCAUUGUUUCAUGUAUGCCCUGUCAAGCCUGGGCGACCACUUUCAAGGUGGCCUUGAUUGGACCCUGGACGUGUGAUCUAUUAUACUCUAAAGCGCUACCGGACUUGGCCGCCCGUCUCGCCACAAACCGCAUAAACAAGGACCCCCACCUAAACAAAGGCUAUUGGUAUGACUACACACUUAUCAAUGAGGAUUGCAAGUCAUCCCGUGCUCUUGCUCGUUUUGCCGAGCUGGAAGGUUAUGGUUCUGCUUUCCUGGGCCCCGCCAACCCAGCAUACUGCUCCUCCGCAGCUUUGUACACAAAAGAGUGGGACGUCGGGCUCCUUUCCUGGGGAUGCCUCAAACCUACCAUGAAAAUUGGAAGCAUGUACCCUACCUUCCUCCGUCCGCUGCCCCUGUCCGCCCGUGUACUUUUCACUGUGUUGAGGUACUUCCGGUGGGCCCAUGUGUCCAUAAUCUCAGAAGAGACGGACAUUUGGGAAGCCACAGGACAUGAGCUGGCCUCUUCACUGAGGGCACUUGGCCUGCCCGUCAACCCUGUUGUAACCAUGGAGACUGACAAGGAUGGGCCUCGCAUAGCCCUGACAAAAGUACGGGAAUCAGACCGGGUCAGAGUGAUCAUCAUGUGCAUGCCGUCUGUUCUCGUCGGUGGCCAAGCUCAGUACCAACUCCUGACAACAGCGCUGUCCAUGCGUAUGAUCGACCGAGGCUAUGUUUUCAUCCCCUACGACGCCCUCCUGUAUGCGCUACCUUACAAAGAUGCACAGUACUACGCUCUCGGCAAUGAUACCAAUCUGCGGAAAGCAUUUGAUGGGGUCCUCACCAUCACCAUGGACUCUGGAGAACGCAAUUUCUACGAGGCCUUCAAAGAUGCUCAGAACAGCUAUGAAAUCCGCAGCAGCACACCACCAGAGGAGGUUUCUCCCUUCUUUGGCACCAUCUACAACAUGAUGUAUUACAUAGCAAUGGCUGCCGAGCAGGCGCGGGCCAAAGGAGGGCGUUGGGUAACUGGUCAGAUCCUGGGCGAAAGCGAGGGUGGCUUUGAAUUUGAAGGCUUCAAUCAGCCGUUGAGGGCUAGCAGGGGUGGAGACGGCAUGCAGGCUGGCUAUGUAGUGCUGGACUACAGUGGCAUCGGCACCUCUCUCUACUCUACCCAUUCUUUGGAAGCUGCUUACACAGACGGGUGGACCGGGGGCCUGAAGUAUCUUGGUCGUUCCAUCCAUUUUGCGGGCAGUACGCCCUACAAAGACUCAAGCUGCUGGUUUAGCCCCUAUUUUGCCUGCACUGGAGGCCUGGAUACCGUCUCUUUGUUUUUCCUCUUCCUCUUGUUCAUUGUAUUGGCUGGUUUUGGAGUCAAGGGCUUCAUUCAAUUCAGGAAAACCGGCAGGAUUGCAUUCACCUUUGGCGGCGACGGUAACGGCGGCCCAACCAAGACAAUCCUGACCCUGGACGACCUUGUCUUCAUCAACACUCAAAUCAGCAAAAGGAAGCUCAACGAUGAAAGCAUCCUGAGGAGCACGCUGGACAUGAAGACGCCGCACUACUCUGUGUCGGGCCGCAGCUACCUGGCCUCAACGCCUGACAGCUCGAACAUUGCCGUGUUUGAGGGUGACUGGGUUUGGUUAAAGAAAUCUCCCAAUGGAUCAGUGUACGGUGUCAACAGCAGCACCGAAAUUAUCUUUGUCAAGCUCAGAAACAUGAGGCACGAGAACCUCAAUCUGCUCCUGGGGCUGUUCUUCGACUCUGCCAUCUUCGGCAUUGUGACAGAGCACUGCUCCAGAGGAAGUCUGGAUGAGCUGCUCAACAACGAGGAAGUGCGUCUUGAUUGGAUGUUCAAGUCCUCCCUGUUGAUGGAUCUGAUCCGGGGAAUGAAGUAUCUGCACAAUCACGACAUCGCCCACGGACGGCUCAAAUCCCGUAACUGUGUGGUAGACGGGCGCUUUGUGUUGAAGGUGACAGAUUACGGGUACAAUGAUAUCUUGAUUGCCCAAGGCAUCGACACUGACCAUGAAAAGCCAGAGGAGCUUCUUUGGACGGCUCCUGAGCUGCUGCGAAAAUCUAGUUCGAGGAGGAAGGGGACUUUCGCAGGAGACGUCUACAGCUUUGCCAUCAUUGUGCAGGAGGUCAUCUCUCGCUCCUCACCUUUCUGCAGCCUGGACAUGCCUCCUAAGGAGAUCAUCAGCAAGGUCAAAGAGCCUCCUCCUUUGUGUCGGCCUGUGGUGUCAUUGGACGAGGCCCCUCUGGAUGUGAUACAGGUUAUGAAGCAGGGCUGGAGCGAAGAGCCAGACAAGAGGCCAAGCUUCGAGGAGAUCUUCAAACAGUUCAAGAACAUCACCAAGGGAAAGAAGACCAACAUCAUCGACUCGAUGCUGCGAAUGUUGGAGCAGUACUCCUCCAACCUGGAGGAUUUGAUCAGAGAGAGGACGGAGGAGCUGGAGGUGGAGAGACAGAAGACCGACAACCUGGUGGCUCAGAUGCUGCCCAGGUCUGUGGCCCAGGCGCUGAAGACAGGCAAGCCCGUCAAACCCGAACACUUUAGCGAGGUGACGCUGUACUUCAGUGACAUCGUGGGUUUCACCACCAUCUCAGCUCUCAGCGAUCCCAUCGAGGUGGUGGACUUACUCAAUGACCUCUACACAUGCUUUGAUGCCAUCAUCGGGCUGCAUGAUGUGUACAAGGUGGAAACUAUCGGCGAUGCCUACAUGGUGGCCUCAGGAGUCCCUAACAGGAACGGCAAGCGUCACGCAGCGGAGAUGGCCAACAUGUCUCUGGACAUCCUCCACUGCAUUGGGACCUUCAAGAUGAGGCACAUGCCUGAGCUCAGAGUCCGGAUCCGUAUCGGCCUGCACUCCGGCCCGGUGGUAGCAGGAGUGGUGGGUCUCACGAUGCCCCGGUACUGUCUGUUUGGAGACACCGUCAACACAGCAUCUCGAAUGGAGUCCACAGGGUUGCCUUACAGGAUCCAUAUCAACCAAAGCACAGUCGAUGUCCUGAACAGCUUGAAGCUGGGAUACAAAAUUCAAACCCGAGGCAUGACGGAGUUAAAGGGAAAAGGUAUUGAGAACACAUACUGGUUGGUGGGGAGGGAAGAUUUCGACAAGCCUCUGCCCAUUCCUCCAGACACUCAAGGGGGAAGCAAUCACGGUAUCGGUUUAGAUGAGAUACCUCCCGACAGAAGACAAAAAUUCCUGGAACGGCAGAAGAAGAUGGGUUAG